AAUGAGUGCAUCUGUCCUGCCUACGUUUGCAAAGUUAACCAUCUACUCACAACUCACGCUCUGGAAUUCGUCUCCUGAGUUUAGACUUUUGUUGUAGUUCAGAAUUGUAAAUGUUGUGAUUUGAGUUGGCUCCGCCUCCUGAUCCGGCUCCCGGAACCUACCCUCCGCAUUAUCGCGGCUGCCCCGGCACUAGACCGAGCAAAGUGUCGUCACUCUCAUGCUUAGCUUCAACAGCCACGCAAAAAUUAUAUCCACCUCCUAUAAUGAAGGGGUCAAGUGCCAAACAUAUUGAAUAUAAGGUUCUAGGGUGGCCCGCCCACUGACCCCCCUCAUCCACUUUUAUAGUUUGUAUGCGCGUAUCGGCAAACUACAUAGACUGACCAUCAGCGUGAGGAACGCAAGUGGCCAAUUUUGUAACAGACAUACCGGUACUCCCAGUGGGUUCAGUCAACACUGUUCUUCAAGAUGGUCCGCCUGUCAGCCCUCCUCCCGACCCUGUCGGCGCUUGGCACGGCCCAGGCAGUCCGCUUCCUCGGGCGAGUGAACCCGGCCACCAGGGAGCUCUCGUGGUCCGGCACGGGCCUCACCUUCAGCUUCACCGGCUGCUCGGCCAGCGUGGCCGUGGCCUCGUCCUGGGGCAGCAACAGCAUCGAGAUGGUCAUCGACAACGGCACGCCCAUAGUCUUCGACAGCGUCAACGGGACCAGCAUCGACACGCCGGCCUCCCUCGCCAACGGCACACACAUCGUCUCCAUCCGCAAGCGAUCCGAGCCCCAGCUCGGCAGCCUCUUCCUCGGCGACGUGACAACAUCCGGGACGCUGGGCGAGGCCCCGCCGCCGGCGAGCAAGCGGAUCCAGAUCAUCGGCGACAGCAUCACGGCGGGCUACGGCAUGGACGGCACGUUCCCGUGCGUCAACUCGGCGGCGCUCGAGGACGCGCCCAACACGUACGGCGCGCUCACGGCCAAGAACCUGUCGGCCGAGUACGACAUCAUCGCGUGGUCCGGGAAGGGCCUGAUUCGCAACAUCGUGAACCCGGGCUUCCAGGACGACGUGGUGAUGCCCGAGAUCUGGACGCGCUGGGGCGCCGCCGACGAGGACGGGACCUACACCUUCCCGGCGGCCGACACUCCGGACGUCGUCGUCGUCAACCUGGGGACCAACGACUUCAGCUACGUGGCGACCAACAGCACCACGGGGCAGAACUACGACGCGCGGCCGCGCAUCAACGCCACCGAGUACACCGAGGGCCUGGUGUCGUUCGGCAGGACCAUCCAGGACCACUACCCGGACGCCGAGCUCUUCAUCACGUCGAGCCCGCUGCUGAGCGACGGCUACCCGACCGCCGAGGACGCCCAGUUCACCACGCAGUCCAACGCCGCCAAGGACGCUGUCGCGCGGCUCGGCAGCAAAGCGCACUUUGUCAACUUCCCCACGCAGGACUCGAGCAACAACAACAUCGGCUGUGACUACCACCCCUCGUCGGCGACCCACGAGAGCAUGGCUGUGAUCCUGACGGCGGCUAUUGAGGACGUCAUUGCGUGACUGCACGUGUCGUCGACCUCGCUGGGGACAGCCCAUGUGUUCCAGCGGCCAUUAACGGAGAAUUAAUGCGGCGAGUUUCCCACUGUAUAUAUUCCGGUUCGGAAAUGUGUAUACUGUUGCAUGGGGUCCCGGUUGGAAGGCCAAUCCCCAGGCGCUUAGAGAAGCGAAUCAUAUGAAAUAUGUUUUCCGAUUGAGGCAAAAGGACAUCUCAAAGACCCAGUACUGUCCCGGAAGUUUCCCAGCGCAAGCAACUUUACGUCGUAUUUAAAUCUAGAGCUUUUUCUUGCUGUG